CCGCACUAUCAAAGUUGGCUAUCCAGUCGAGUCGAUGGUGAUUCCAAGAUUGGGGCAACUACAACAGGAGGCUGAAGAGGAGGAGAAUGAUGGGGCAAGACUCUCAAAGCUAUUUGCUUUCGUGUCUGUUUGGAGGGACAGGAAUGGCUGGGUUGAGCUUGUGGCCAAAAAAAAGGAACGCGGAGAAGGCAGCCAAGAAGAGGCUAUUACUAAGGGGCGUUUCUUUGGGAGCAUUUAUCCUGUAGACCUCAUUUCUGGAAAAGUCCUGCUCCACAUGGAAAAGGUGUUCCGUCCAAACAAGAUGGUCGUUAGCGGAGCUGGUGGAAUGUUUGCGACUUUUGAUCGGUGCCUGGUAUACGUUUGGCUAUCGUCGUGUGCGAAUGGAGGUGGCCCUCCGUACACAUGUGUCCGGCUUCAUCACCUGGGAAAGAAUCUGUCCACACUAGCAAUCGACCAGAUGGAGACGAGAGUUGCAGCGGGUGCAGAGGAUGGUGAAAUUCGUAUUUGGCAUAAUGUUGGGCGUGCCACGUUCGGCAUUGAUCGACCAGACCUGAAGAUUCCCUCUUUCGAUAUGGGUAACCCCAAAGCUGGGACCUUCAACGAGAACGACGAUGCACAGGCAUGCACACGUCUGCACUGGCAUGCUGACGAAGUUAGUUCCAUUCUGUUCAGCGAAGAUGGCUCCUACCUAUUCUCCGGAGGCAGGGAGGCAGUGCUCGUCAUCUGGCAGCUGGAUACAGGCGUGCAGUCAUUUUUAUCAAGGCUUGGAGGGCCAAUCAUUGGGGUAGCGGCAUCAUCAGAUCCGAAUAUGUUGGGGGUUCUUCUUGCGAAUAAUGCUGUCCGACUUGUCAAUGUCCUUGCAAUGUCCGUGAUACGGACCAUCCGGGGGAUAGCGCCACGCGUAAAAAGCAUUGGUGUGAAGAAUAGGAUUGAUGCGGCUAUAGACCCAAAGCAUGGUCUUCUUGCCCUUCCUACAUACAAUUCUUUCCUACAGUUCUAUGACAUGGCCAUGCGUAAACACAUAAGGUCACUCCAAAUCGAGAGGCGGAAUUAUGUGUCACUUGGCAGUGACAAGAGGCAGGAUGUUGAAUCCACGGUAUCGAUAAGUCAUGUUGUCUUCAGCCCUGAUGCUUCAGUGAUGGUGACAGUGGAUGUAAGGGUUGCUGAAGACGGUAUGGGUGGUGCAUUUUGCUUGAAGUUUUGGCAGUCAACGUCAGAUCAGAAUGAUGGAUAUGAGCUAAAUACUAGGGUUGACGACCCCCACAGCGCGGAGAUAACUGCACUGUUGUAUCAUCCGUCGCGCAACAUUGCAGUUACAGCCUCCAUGGAUGGCAUGUUCAAGGUAUGGUCACAGAAGGUGGGAGCAAGGACAAAGAGCAGGAUCAUUCCAGCAACUUGCUGGGUUGGCCAUGCUGUUGGAGGCUUCAGGAAUGAGCCCCUAACAGCCGGGGCAAUAUCACAUGAGGGAUCACUUCUGGCGGUUUCUGCUUCAAGUGCGAUUACUCUCUGGAAUAUGGAAGCCCAUACCAUGCUCUGUGCUUUGCCAUUGUUCCCAAUGAAAUCAGUCGUCACAAGGUUGACCUUCAUUCAUGACACACCAUUUUUGGUUUCAGGAACGGAUGAUGCAGGGUUGCCUGCUCUUUGUGUAUGGAACAUGCUCACUCUUGCGAUCAGCUGGUCCUACCGCGUGAGGAUUGAAGCUCUUGCAGCCGAUGCUCGGUCAGGACAUUUUGCCGUUAUCUGCUUGAAAAAGGGUGCGAAGCAGGAGCUGUUGGCCGAGGACGAAGAGAGCUCUGCAGGAUAUGUCAUUGUUUUCCAUGCUGAGAAUCCCGAGCCUUUGGCAGCUUGGAGCAUUUCACAGGCAAGAAAUGCGACAUUGCUCUUUACUUCAACGGAGCUUCUGUCAAAAGAUGUUAUGCGCACAAGCAGCGAUAGCCUCCUGGUUGUUGUGACGAGCAGCCGGCAUUAUGUUGUCGUUGAUCCAUUCAGUGAGGCUGAUGAGAAACUUGCACUCGAAGGUGAAGAUGCAGGAGUAGACGAACAGAGUGGAAGGAAAGCACUUGCAGAAGUGAAUGCAGGUGGAGUAUCUGCCUACGAAGCGCUCUAUGGGAAAGUUCCUUUAACGAAAGAGAAAACUGCAUCUCUGGGCAAUAGUGAGAAUGUUGGGAUGCCAGAUGUCACACGCUCAUGGGGUAGCCUUCUAUCAGGCCCAUCCUACGCUCUUCCCUCACUUGUGCGAAUCUGCCCUUCAUUCAUGGAGGCAAUGUUAGAGAAGCGCAGCGCUUGAUUCUUGACUUUUUUGUUUGUUUGUUUGUUUGUUUGUUUGUUAAGACCCCAGCUCGUCUCCUGGCCCAUACCAUUUUUUACGAGACUAGUGGAUCUUAGGUUUUCUGUUGUCAUCUUGGUUGUCUUUUCUGUUCUCUUUUUGCGGUUCGCCCCUUGAAAAGAAUGCCAGGCGAUAUCCGGCCUGUCUUUUCUGCAGAGUUUGUCUGCAGUCGAGUAUGUAGUCUUUCCUCUUUUGCGGCGUCGAUGUCGAUGCAGAGUGUUCUGCGUAGAAAUGUCUGAAUGUAUGCUGAGUUUGUUGUGCGAGAGAGCAGAGCGAUCGAGUAGUAGAUUUGUGUCUAUCGCACGUCGUUGUCCACUGAAAAGGCGUGUUGUCAGUGAGGUUUUCUUCAUAGCUCAGGCCUCCUUCACGGUAUGGUUAAGUUUUCUUCUUUUGUUCCAAAAAAAAAAAAAAAAAAAAAGAUUUCUUCCAAGUUAGGUGUCAGGUAGACAUCGAUUGAAUAGCUCUGGCUUCCUUCGUGGUUAAGUUUUCUUCUGAGAUUGAUCGAAUAGCUCUGGCUUCCUUCGUGGUUAAGUUUUCUUCUGAGUUACGUGUUAGGUAGACUUGGAUUUAUUGAGGGCAUGGUUAUGCCACGGCAUUUUGACAGAAUCUGGCCAUAUUUUAGGGCGUUUGCACCCAUGAAAUC